AAGUUUGCUAAACGUAAACAACUCUUUGUUGUCAACAAUGACAUUCGAUCAGUAAGACAAAUAUUUUCCUACUUAAAUAAUCACUAAUUUCCUGUUUGUUUUAUUUUUCAUAAACCUGUGUGCAACUUCAAAUCAUAGUUAUGAGUGUAUCAGACCAAAGUCCAUCAUUUAAUUCCUCCCAGUCGAUUACCUACGACAACAAUAUGGAAACGAGUAAUACACGACUGUACAUUAAGGAAAUGCUGAAGUCUAAGAUAUUUUUGGGGCGCUAUCUUGAAAGACGGCUUAUUGACGAAAGCAUCGGCUACCGAGAUGUUGUUCUUGUGAGUGCAGCUGAGGUAGAAUUAAAAAGACAACUGCUAGAGGUCAGACAAAUGCUUCUAUCCGCAUAUCCAAGCAAUCAUUGGAUCGGCAUUGCUGAAUCUGAAACCUUAGGAUAUCCUUCCGGUGUGUGUCUAUUAACAGAAAUAGAUAACGAGCCACUUGGACCUUUUUGGUUUCAAAUUAGAAAUAUAAAAUUUCGGGUUUCAGAAAUUAUUGUUACUCUAAUCUGUCUUAGGCACAUCACAGAUAGCUAUUUAGAAAUUGAACCAAUAUUAACAGGAGGACAUGAAAAACCACUAUCGAAAAUAUUAAAUACACCUACUGCUAUUAGUGAAUCUAAUCUGAACGAAACCUUUAGUGAAGUAAUAAUUAAUGUUAAAAAUGCCUUUACUUUGACUAAUGUGAAAGAAUUGCUAGCAUUUAUCUUUGCUCUCAUUGUUGCUACAUUUACUGGGGGUACUGCAUUUAUUAAUUUUCUUGGUAACUUUAUAUUAGCAUUUAUUAGAGAAACAUCUAUAUUGAUCAAGAAUUCAACCCCCAUGUUUCUAGGCUUCUUAGAUUUUCUAAGCAAAAUUGUUGGUGGUUUCUAUAUUCUUGUGGCUAUGUUUUUCAAGCCCAAUAAUCCAAAACCACUUAAAAGUAGAAGGAGCAUCGCUUAUUAUAAUUCACAACCACAAAACUGUGACUACAGAGAUACUUUUUAAUUAUAAGAUUUUGAUCUCAUUUUUAUGUAAUUGCAUUUGCAAAACCCGCUAUUUAUAUUAAUCAUUAUUAACCGAUUUUAUAUUCUCACAGAACAAAUACAUACCCAUUUUAAUUAUAUUAUUGUAAACAAAGGGAAAAUAAAUUAUUUUAUAUUAUUUGGGAUGUGUAAAGUUUUGGAAUAUGUUGAAUAUUUAUUGUUGUUACUUAAAUGGUAAGGUUUUUUAAUAUUUAUAAAUGAUAAGUGUUUAAUGAUCUUCAAACACUCAUGUUAUUUUAAGAUUUAUUUAAUACCAUAAAUAAAUAACCUGUUGUUAAAA